GCCUUACUCGGCUGAUCUGUCUGAAGCAGUGUUGGCUUGUAUGGAGAUCCUCACUCGCCCUCCGACUCUACCUGCUGCUGAUCAUGACAAAGAAAAAGAGGAAGGAGAGUCAUCGAAGGCCCCUGAGGAGGAGGAUGAGGAUGCUGAGACUGAUCGUGCUUCAGAUUCGUCCCCGAGUGUUAUCUACCACUUUGGGCCACCGGCAGGGUUCCUGUUGGAUGAGGAUGAUGAUGAGGACGAUGAGGAUGAUGAUGAUGAGCUCAUACCCACCAUGAUAGUGGAACCUGUUGUCAACGAGGAUGAUGCUGAGGGUCAGCAGGCUGGAGGAGAGGAGAACGCCGCCGCCGCCGCGGGCGAUGAUGGAGGUGAGGACGGCCAGAAUGGGGACAAUGCAGAGGAGUGGGCCGAUGAUGAUGUGUACAACCGUCUGGAGGAAGCUGUGAAUGAAGACCUUUUGGAUGAUCUUGAUGACGAUGAUGACGACGACGAGGAGGAUGAUGAUGAGCCGUUGGUCCCUCCCGAGUCUGAGAUCCAUCCGGCGGAGUCCAGCCUGAUGAGUUAG